AUGCUUCGAUACUAUUCUAAAGGUGCCGAGUAUGAGAGGCGAAAGAAUGCGUCGGAAGAUACUUGCGUGCCUUAUUCUGGGGUGCUCCGCAUGGCAAAAAUUCACGAGGGAGGAGAGUAUGUGGCAAUGCACCAUUCGCGAUGGCAUAGCCACUUGCACCCAGGGUUUUGCAAUUCCAUCGAACUGCGUGGCGGUUGGGAAAGACUAUGUCGCUUGCAUGAGGCGGUUUUCCGCCGAACAGUACAAGGUUCACCAAAGGAACGAACUGUUGAAGCAAAGGAUGAAAUCGAAGAAGAAAAAGAAGAAGACCUAAUCACUCGAGAUAAUUAA